GCAUGCGGGUUAGCGUCGGGAGCCGGCGGCUUGGCUGGCUGCGCCCAGGCGGCGGGAAGAGACCCGGGAGGGCAGCGCGGCUCCGACCCACGACCCCGAGGCGCCCCCCGCGCCCCCCCACGCCACCAUGCCCCGAGAAAUCAUCACCCUUCAGCUGGGCCAGUGCGGCAACCAGAUUGGCUUCGAGUUCUGGAAGCAGCUGUGCGCCGAGCAUGGCAUCAGCCCCGAGGGCAUCGUGGAGGAGUUCGCCAUGGAGGGCACCGACCGCAAGGACGUCUUCUUCUACCAGGCAGACGAUGAGCACUAUAUUCCACGAGCCGUUCUCCUGGACCUGGAGCCGCGAGUGAUUCAUUCCAUCCUGAACUCCCCGUAUGCUAAGCUAUACAACCCAGAAAACAUCUACCUGUCUGAGCAUGGUGGCGGGGCUGGGAACAACUGGGCCAGUGGCUUUUCACAGGGAGAAAAGAUCCACGAAGAUAUCUUUGAUAUUAUAGACCGAGAAGCUGAUGGCAGUGACAGUUUAGAGGGUUUUGUGCUGUGCCAUUCCAUCGCAGGUGGGACUGGAUCGGGCCUGGGUUCUUAUCUCCUUGAGAGAUUGAAUGACAGGUACCCCAAGAAACUGGUGCAGACGUAUUCGGUUUUCCCCAACCAAGAUGAGAUGAGCGAUGUGGUGGUGCAGCCGUACAAUUCUCUCUUGACGCUCAAAAGGCUGACCCAGAACGCGGAUUGUGUGGUGGUUCUGGACAACACAGCUCUGAAUCGCAUCGCCACUGACCGGCUGCACAUCCAGAACCCCACGUUUUCCCAGAUCAACCAGCUGGUCUCCACCAUCAUGUCUGCCAGUACGACCACUUUACGUUAUCCCGGCUACAUGAACAACGAUUUGAUCGGACUCAUUGCCUCCCUUAUCCCCACCCCCAGGCUGCAUUUCCUGAUCACGGGGUAUACACCUCUCACCACGGAUCAGGCUGUGGCCAGUGUGCGCAAAACCACCGUCCUUGAUGUUAUGCGGAGACUUCUGCAACCCAAGAACGUCAUGGUAUCCAUGGGGCGCGACCGACAGACAAACCACUGCUACAUCGCCAUCCUCAACAUAAUCCAGGGGGAAGUGGACCCCACCCAGGUACAUAAGAGUUUGCAGCGGAUCCGGGAAAGGAAGCUGGCCAAUUUCAUACCUUGGGGCCCAGCCAGCAUCCAAGUGGCGCUUUCCAGAAAGUCUCCGUACUUGCCUUCAGCUCACAGGGUCAGUGGUCUGAUGAUGGCGAAUCACACCAACAUCUCCUCGCUCUUUGAACGCACCUGCCAACAGUAUGAUAAACUCCGCAAGCGCGAAGCCUUCCUCGAGCAGUUCCGCAAGGAGGACAUGUUCAAGGAGAACUUUGAUGAACUUGAUGACUCCCGCAAGAUUGUCCAGGAGCUGAUCGACGAGUACCACGCUGCCACGCGGCCGGACUACAUCUCUUGGGGGACGCAAGAGCAGUGAGCUGGCUUUGUGUCGGUUCUCUGGCGGGAAGCUUGAGUCUCUCACUCUCCUAGAACCAUUCAGCCUCAAAUGUACAACUACCUAUGUUUCUGUGACUUUGGAGGGGGGGCCGGCAGUGCUCUCAAGAGUCCCAGAGUGGAUUUGUGUGUGUGCCUGUAAGGCUUGGCUUCCCAUUCUGCCUCCUUUUCCCUUGUUGUGCAUCUUACUAGUCCUUGUGAAAACAAUAUAUUUUGUAUGGCAUCUCUGCUUAAACUGGGACUCACUGCGUAUAGUACAGUGGUGGCGAACCUUUGGCACUCCAGAUGUUCAUGGACUACAAUUCCCAUCAGCCCCUGCCAGCAUGGCCAAUUGCUUUUCUGAUGUUCUUACUUCUCUGUAUUUUCCACAAGAGCUUUGGGCUUAGCCCAGGCAUAACUUGUGACUACUACUACGUUCACCUCCAAUUGGCCAUGCUGGCAGGGGCUGAUGGGAAUUGUAGUCCAUAAACAUCUGGAGUGCCAAAGGUUCGCCACCAUGGGUAUAGUAAGAUACGUCCCUGUUGGUUUUUUCUACUUCUCUCACAAAUGUCGUUCAUUAAACGCUUUCCUUCCUGCAGCAGUA